AUGGGAACCCUUGCCGGACACUUGCUGCCAGCAAUAGGCUUUCUUCUCUUCUCACUCUACUACGCAGUGUUGCUGUCCCUGGCCCUACUACGGGGACACAAGGUCCUCAAACCCCCUCUGCCCCCAAAGGAGAAGCGAGGACACAGUCUGUGGCAGCGGGAACCACUGGAAGGAAUCGUGAAGGUGGUUUUCACCUUUACCGGCAUCUUAGGUGAGCUCUUCUACCCCCCGGGGGUAAACAGGACGAGGCUGGUAGAUUGGGAUGACCCUCAACGGCCGUUUUUGUUCAAGGAUAGCUGGCAGCACAUCACCAUGUACUCCUUUUUUAUGCUCAGUGGGGUGGUGGACAUUGUCAGCCAGCGGUGUCUGGCCCGGCAGAAUGUGAAGUUGGAGCAGGCAGCCCAGGCCCUGGCCUUCUACGUGGUGGUGCUACUGAUGGCUACCCACAUUGAGAACAGGAACACCUUAGAGAUCCGAGUGCAUGUCCUGUUCAUGGUGCCCACCUUCCUGCUAGCCCUGAUGCUCAACAUCGAGGUCUGGGUCCCAGACCAGCCCCCACUCUGGGUGCUCAAGACCUGGAUGGGGCUGGUGCUCAGCAGCUGGCUGCUGCAGCUGUGUGUGGUGUUGUACGCUCCUCCCUCCGGACAGCCCUGGCGGGCCGACAGCCCCACGGACAUGGCCUUUCUGACCACCUUCUUCUGCUGGCACCUGGGCUUAAUGGCUCUCCUGCUGGCUGCUAUCUAUGGCCUCUGCAGCCUGUGGGUUCGUCGCUACUCUUCCUGGAUGGCAUCUCCAGGGGUCAAGUACAAGAUGUGCCCCACCGAAGCCAGCAGGGAAGAGCUGGAGAGGCUCAGGCAAGAGGAUGAGCUGCAGGAUGGAGGUGUCUAG